UAGAGGGUACCAGGUUACAUAGUCCCCAGUGCUUGCACAUGCACCCAGCAUAUCUUCAGAGGAUGACUUGGCAGUGGAUUCUCCAGCACCUCCCUAGGGCAUGUUGGCCCCGAAUGUGAACCCCUUUAUACCAGUGGGGAGACUGAGGUCCAGAACAAGGGACUUGAGCCAGUGUCCAGACAGUGGCAGAAGCUAAGGCCAUUCGAUCUGGGGAGAACUCACUGAUCCCCAAUUCAGGGUGGAGUUGUGGACCUGCACAGGAAAGGCAGUCCAGUUUGCAGGCCUGGGCUGACCCUGAAGGGCCUCUGCUACCCAAGUGGCAUAGAAGCAGCUACAGCCCAGGGGAGGUGGGGACAGCAUGCUGUUCCCUCUGGGCUGUAAAGGGCACGGGGGACUCUGGCCUGUGGAGGCCGGAAAAUGUAUCGGGAAUCCCAGGAGGACGGCCCGACUGGGGCAAAAGCUCCAGCCUUCUGGGCAAGUGCUGAGAAAUGUGUGACCCAGAGGUACAGAGAGGAUUAGCAGGAGGUAGGAACUGCAGGUAGGGCCUGUUAUGUCAACCAUUGCAUGUGUCCAUACCAGGGCUGCAAGCCAAGCCCUAGACUCCAGCCCUGGGUCUGGCUUGGAGACGAGAACCUUAAAGCUCUCACUGCUCUUCCCCUCCCCCGCUCAGGUGUGACUCCAGACUGCCAGGGUGUUCACCACCUUUUGGCCACUACUGAGUGUGCCAGGAGGGCCGUGACAGGCCUUCACACCCCUUUUGUUGCAGGACGUGGAGACCACGUACUUCUGCAACACGUGCGGACAGCCCCUGUGCGCGCGCUGCCGCGAUGAGACGCACCGAGCACGCAUGUUCGCGCGCCACGACAUCGUGGCCCUGGGUCAGCGAAGCCGCGACGUGCCCCAGAAGUGCACGCUGCACGCAGAGCCCUACCUCCUGUUCUCCACCGACAAGAAGUUGCUGUUGUGCAUCCGUUGCUUCCGCGACAUGCAGGGGGAGAGCCGGGCGCACUGCGUGGACCUGGAAUCGGCUUACGUGCAGGGCUGCGAGCGGCUGGAGCAGGCGGUGCUGGUGAGCGCAGGGGUCUGGCGCGCGGGGGCGGGGGUGUGGGGCCGCGCGGCGGCGCUCGCGAGCCUGACCCCGCCCUGUCCCCAGGCCGUGAAGGCCCUGCAGACGGCCACGCGGGAGGCCAUCGCGCUGCUGCAGGCCAUGGUGGAGGAGGUGCGGCACAGCGCUGCCGAGGAGGAGAACGCUAUCCACGCCCUCUUCGGCAGCAUGCAGGAGAGGCUGGCAGAGAGGAAAGAAGUGCUGCUGCAGGCUGUGCAGAGCCAAUAUGAAGAGAAGAACAAGGCCUUCAAGGAGCAGCUCUCUCACUUGGCCACCUUGCUGCCCACCCUGCAGGUCCACCUGGUCAUCUGUUCCUCCUUCCUCAGCUUGGCCAACAAGGCUGAGUUCCUGGACCUGGGCUAUGAGCUGAUGGAGAGGCUGCAGGGCAUCGUCACACGGCCGUACCGCCUAAGGCCUGUGCGGAGCAGCAAGAUUGCCAGUGACCACCGAGCUGAGUUUGCACGCUGCCUGGAGCCGCUGCUGCUGCUGGGGACACGUCGGGUGGCAGCUGCUGCAAGUGGUGCUAACACGCUGGCAGGGGGCUUAGGCCCCAAGGUGCUGAUGGGGCCCCACUGCCCCUCCCCAGUAGGAAAGAUGUCCGGGUCACCCGUCCAAAAGCCUACGCUGCACCGGUCCAUCAGCACCAAGGUGCUGCUGGCAGAGGGCAAGAACACGCCCUUCACAGAGCACUGCCGCCACUAUGAGGACUCCUACAGGCAUCUGCAGGCGGAGAUGCAGAGCCUAAAGGACCAGGUACAGGAGCUGCACCGAGACCUCACCAAGCACCACUCGCUCAUCAAGGCGGAGAUCAUGGGAGACGUCCUGAGCAAGUCCCUGCAACUGGACAUGCAGAUCGCCUCGGAGCACACCUCCUUAGAGGGCAUGAGGGUCAGUCUUCCAGGAGCUUUUCUCUUUCAGAUUUGGGAGGAAUCCUAUCAGCAAGUGGCUAAUGAGCAGGAGAUUUAUGAAGCCCAGCUCCAUGACCUUCUCCAGCUGAGGCAGGAGAAUGCCUACCUGACCACCAUCACCAAGCAGAUCACGCCCUACGUCCGCUCCAUUGCCAAGGUGAAGGAGCGGCUGGAGCCCAGGUUUCAGGCACCCGUGGAUGAGCAGUCAGAGUGUCUACAAAACACGCACGACGACAGCAGGAACAGCGCAGCCUCAGCCAGGAAUAACCCAGGAAGUGUCCCGGAAAAGAGAGAGAAGACGUCAGAGCCUAAAGGAAACAGCUGGGCUCCGAACGGCCUCUCGGAAGAGCCUCUACUCAAAAAUAAGGAUCAUCACAGAUCCAAACAGAAAAACAGGGGUGACAUCCCCACAUGGAGGGAACACCUGACUUAGCAAAUGGGACAGGUCCCCAGGAUCAGGCUCUUAGAGCAGGCACAAGACUGGGACACUGGUGAGAAGGUUGUUCCCAUGGUUUUUAAAAUUUUUUUUUUGAGACUGAGUUUCACUCUUUGUUGCCCAGGCUAGAGUGUAAUGGCGCAAUCUCAGCUCCCUGCAACCUCCGUCUCCUGGGUUCAAGCGA